UCAACUUUAAUAUUCAUGUAGGUACAUAACGAGAAUUUUGAGUGAUUCAUCUACUCUGUGGCCAAACGGUCUUCUACGCAGCAAAACUAACUGUUUACGUUAAAAUUCUUUAUUUAACGCGAGGGAAAUGACCUAAAAUCAUUGGAAAACAAAAAUCAUUACAACGUUAUAAUAAAUUAAACUUAUAUGUAUUUUCAUGCUGCAGUUAUCGAGUUGUGUUGAUUGUUUUGACACUACAUCCGCGAAUAUAUCUGUUUGGCAAUGGAUCUGUUUAAACAGGCUAUGAAAGGUCCUGCAAGGCCAGCUCCGGCAAUACCAAAUAUUGCAGUGAACAGGUAUUCGCCUGUAACAAAUUGGAAUGAUCAUCCCUUUGGUGCAGAUGUGUUUGAACCAGUUCCUUGUACUCAAAAGAAAAAGCCUCCACCACGCCCUCCACCACCAAAUGUUUUAAAACAGCAAGAUGUCUCAGUUAAACCUACUCAUUUUAUACGUAGACCAACAGUCCUCUCUGCACUGUUGACCCGAAAAGGUAAAAAUACAGUGAAUAACCCAAGUGCAAAUAACCAACAUAAUAGUUUUACAAAUUGUAAUAGUGAAGUGGACACUACCAAAAUAUUUCCCAAAUGUGAUAAGGCAAAUGUGCAAACAGGAACAUUAAUAGACCUCUCAUCGCCACCCAGUUCACCUACUUUCACAACAAGGUCUAGCAGUGAUGGUGUAAGCGUAGACAGUUUUGGAUCAGAUGCUACAACAUCAACCAAUCAUCACAAUGCAUUUAGUGGUGGAAAUGCUUCUCAAGCUGAGAGUGGUUUUGAAGAUGACUUUGAUCUGUUCCUGCAUUCUAGAAAACCAUUGAAUAAAGAGGACACCCUAGAUGAUUUUUCAACUAUAGAUCCAUUCUCGGCUCCACUAGUUAAUAAACCACCACCAGUAAAUAAGUUAACGUUUUAUUCUGAUUCUUUUGAUACUUUAAGCAAUGCUAGUAGUCAGUACUCAAUGUCACAAUUGAAAGGGCCUACAAUAAUUCGUGCUAAGCCGGCAAGACCAAAGCCGCCAGAUAAUUCAGCAUUAUUAAAAAGUACAUUUGGAAGUAGUUUCCAAAUGACCUCAAUGAAUAUAAACACAACAACUCCAAUUCAGAAAAUAAGCAAUGGCUUUGUGGGUAAUGUGGACACCAAGCCACUAAAUUGGGACCAUGAUGAAUCUCCAGAAAGGGAACUUACACCCCCAAUGCCGACUAUUCCUCCACCACCACCUCCUCCGAUCAUCGAUGAUGAUUUACCAGUAGUGUGGCCGGAAGACAUUCAGGUACUUGAUUCUCCUGAAGUAUCUGAUGAAGAAGAUGAACCUUACGCUAUUGCGCUAUUCGAUUACUUCACCGACCACCAAGAAGAUUUGUGUUUUUCUGCAAACUCAAAGAUAACAUUAAUAAGGCGAGUGAACGACGAAUGGAUGUACGGAAGAUUGCGCUGUGGUACAGAGGGCUUGUUCCCGUCGAAUUACGUAGAGAUCAAGGUUCCUCUGUCAAACGAUAACCCAUCGAACAUCGGUGAAGCGAUAGCCCUAUACGCCUUCGAACCCGUGCAAUCUGGCGAUCUUAGGUUCAAUAUAGGCGAUAAAAUCACGAUCCUCUCGAAAUUAAGCGAAGAAUGGUUUUUCGGCGAAUGCAACGGCAUGAAGGGACAGUUUCCCGCCAACUACGUCCAAAUGUGUUAGUCAAAUAUUUGUAUAAUCUGUGUCUUCUCAAUUAUCUACAUCAGUUAUUUUAUGUUACUUCAAUCGACUAUAUUAAGUAUGUAUGUACUUUUGUCUAAUAGUAAAUAAUACUAAAGAAAGCCAUAAAAUUGUCCAUUAAAUAUUAAAACUCAAUUAUAACAUGUGAUAUGAGUAGUGGAAACAUUACGAAGACUGAUUCUUUAAAUGUUUCGUAUUUUUUCUAACAUCAAUGUACAUCUUUAGACUAAGGCGUGCUCUAGUUCAGUACUACGUAAAAGUCGUCAUUUAUAACGGAUCACAGUUGUAUUUCUCACCUUUCUUACCACACCGAGUGCAAUAAUGUAAAUUCUUGUGGCAGUAUAAAGGUAGGUACAUAAUAAAUGCAAUAUUCAAAUAAGGCUAAUAUUCACUUAUUAUUGGAGUCAUUAAAAACAAUUAUUAAUUGUUAUAUAUGAUCCCGAAUUAGCUCCAUUAUUGUCUGACCUUAAUUAAUGCAAUUGUAUCAUAAAAGUGUUUUAGGUAUAGACAAAAAAAAACCUUCACGUAAUUGACUAAAUGUAUAUAUAUUUUGUCUGUGUAAUGUGUUAAUUAUUAGUUUUGGUUGUGUAAAAUGUUCGUUCGAUCUGAAUUUUAAAUGUGUAUUUUUUUGUAUUGUUUAACGUUUUUAUUUGUAUCCAUAUACUUUGAUAACAAAGUGUGGCUUACUGUGUAUAUAGAAAAAAAAUUGUAUUAUGGAUACUUUAAACCAAAUCAAUGAUUCCAGUCAGAUCUUUUAAAGUAUUUUUUAAUUGUUUUAUUGUAUUGAAAUUCGUCAAUGAUUAUUUUAUAUAUAAUGUAAUAGCACAAUACGUUUUAAUCAUGAUGAAACAACAAAGAAUGUUUACAGGACCGAAUAAUAUAAGGUUGUCGAUGGGCAGUACCCAUAGGACUAUAUUGCCCUCGAAGCAGUAUGAAUUAGUUCUUAUUGUGUUAGUAUUGAAUAUCUUCAGUUGUAUAAAAAAAUGUGUAUGUAUAAAUGUCUAUAUUAUUAAUAAAGUAUAAUUUGUAUAAAGUCGAGACAAGUAGAUUUAAUACUGUGUAUAUUUUUUUACUUUGUUUGCUUUAAUUAAUAAAAGAUGUACGGUCAAAGGCAAGGUUAUGUUCUAAUUUGCGGAAUAAUCUCAUCAAAUUAUACAAACAUUUGUGUUUUAACAAGUUUCUUUCGUGUCAUUUAUUUUUUUAAGUAGUUUUUAUUUUGGUGGGACCAUAGUUUUAAGUGCCUUAAGUAUUUUUAACGAAAUUAAUGUAUAUAUACUUACUACAUAAUAUUAUUUAUAAUAAAAUUUUAUAA